AUGGCUCUGGAGCCUGAGGGCUCAGCCACACUCUGUGAUUCCCUGAUGAAGAAUUUUGUCUUAGCCACGGACCUGGUGGGCAGUCAGGAGGGGGUUUAUUAUUGUGAACGUUGGCACCAGAAGCCCCAAUAUUCAGGACCGAAGUGCUCCCCAAACUAUGCAUUAGGGAGCAGCAGCCCUUUGCACGCAGAACGGAAAAGCCACUGCCUGAAGACUAAACCUGAACGUCAAAGGCUGGAGAGAGGAAGCGCUGGUGGCUCCCCAGAGCCCCCAGGGUGCAGCUCCCCUGCUCCACCAGGGAACCUUUGCCAUAGACCGAGAGUCCUCUUCCUUCCAGGAAGGGGCAAACCCAACCUAGCUGGGGGCCUAUGAGAGGGAGCAGCCCACCUCCUCCCUGGGGGAGUCUCUGACUUGGUGAAGUCUGGGAGGCCCUCUGGGCCCCAGGAUGGACUGUGCAGCACGCGGGAGGAGGGCAAACCAGAGACAGGGCAGAAGGGAGCCAGGAAACACCCAGCUUGUUGUUUCAGACUCUCUGUUCAUAAAGUCCCCUCCGGAAACUCACUGCCUGCCUCAUACACGUUUCCUAAACAGCAAAGCUCCACUCCAUGCAAGGCUCCAUUUUUCUUCGGUGGAAAACCAUUUAAAUCACCAGACCCCAACACCCACCCUCCAUUCUCGCCCAGAAGUUAGAAUUAUCAGGUUGGCUUCAGGCCCUGGUCCAUGAACUUGAUACCCCUUUCCUGCUGCUCAGACAGACUGAGCAGGGCAGUGAGUCCCUCUCAACAAUGUCCUCUGCAUUCCCUCAGCUCGCAUACACAGGGCAGCCUAUGUGGCUGAGGGGUGUACACGCACACGCGCGCGCACACGCUGUUGUGGCUCCAAGCAGGGGCUCUGCAGUCAGGCUGCUGCCUGGGUUAGAAUUCUUGCUCCACAGUUACUAGUUCUGGGAUCUUGGACAAGUGACUGAAAUUCCCUGUACCUCAGUUUCUUCUUCUGGGAAAUGGGGAAAAUAACAGCUUUGAGAAGGUAAAAUGAGGCACUGCAUAUAAAGAACCUGGUGCAGUGUCUGGCACACAGGAAGUGCUCAAUAGGGUUGCUUUCAUUGUUUGAUUUAGUGGAAUGAAUUGAAUGCAUAUAGACACAUGGACUCAGCUUACACACACACACACACACACACACACACAUGCACACACACACAUCUGCUACAAAGAACUACAUCAAUUACAUUCAGGCAUACCCCAGAGCGCUACAACUCUCUGAGAGGACAUCUGGAAAUUUAGAAAUCAUUCCCUGUGCCCUUUCAGGCAUUAUAACCCCACAUUCCUCUGCUCUUCUAAGAAUGGGAGUCCCCCCGACCUGUCUGUGAGUCACUGCAUUCGCUUGAGCCCCGUGCUGAGGGAGACACGAGAAUGCUCCAUCAACAACCCCAGCGUGGGGCUCUGAGGCACAAAGAAACGCCGUCAGGUCGCGGCGGCAGACUCAUCAGGCAGCACAGUCCUGGCCACAGCCGUGCACAGCCCUUCCCUCCCGGCACCGGGACGCUGCGCCCACGGUUUCCAUGUCUCUCUCCCUGUGAGACACCAAGAUCCACACAGACAAGGACCCUGGGUGGUUUGCUCUUGUAUUCCUGACGGCCAUCACAGAGCUGGGCAGAGCCGGGACGGACAGACAGGCACGCGUGGUCAGGGAAGCAGUCACUUCCUGCCCCAAACAGAGGCACGUCGGUGUCCCCAGGAGACCCUGGGAGGGCUCCCAGCCACAGCAAUCAGGGCUUGGGCUGGCUGGAUUGAGUCUAGGCCUGUGGGCCACAGAGACCACCUACCGCAAACAUACACUAGGAGCACACAGCCUCCCUGAAACAAGACUGUCUCUUAAAGAGAUUUCCUGUGGUAUAGGAUGCUAAGAUCUGGCCCUGCUAGAGGCAUCUGCAUUUUCAAAGAAAGGAUUGGAGAGGGCAAUGCCUACCCAGUGGAAAGAGCGACAUUGAAGUUUUCACCGUAGGCUGAUAAAGGAAACAUUUUCCCUUUCCCCUCAAAUCGAGGUUACUUCGUAAACGUGAAUAAGACAGAGUUAAGGGGCUAGCUCAAGGUUGCCCUGUGACCAAAGAGAGCUGAGACACAAACUGAGAAGGGAUUCUUUCCCAGCAGCCCACUGAGUGGCCAGGCUGCAGUCAGCAAAGAGAUGUGCAAAAGCAAGGGAGCCCCCAUGCCAGGUGAAUGGUUCGUUGCUGCCUCCAUAACCUCCUCCCACCGCCGGACUGGGCCGGGAGACCUGCCUCCUGCUGUAUCUGCUACGUGAGUCUGGCUGUCCAGCUUUGCUCUGUGUCCUCUGCUUCCUCUGCUUCCACUCCAUGGCAUCUGCUGGUACUGGUGCCUCCAUCAGGCGAGUGGGUCUCUGAAUCACUGAGGCAGCUUCCCCUCACUGAGGCAGCUCUCCCUGCACCCCGUGCCCCAGUCACGCACUACCACACCAGGCCCCGAAGCCAGGCAAGGAGGAGCUAGGCCAGCUCCUCCACCUUUAGGAGGAGAUUUCGGGGUUAAUCAACUCUAUUCACGUUGCAGGUUGUGCUCCCUCUUACCUUGAAAGUGAACUCACAGGCGGAUUAAAGUGAAAUAAAAUCUACCAUUUGAGUUACAUUCUCAGCUGAUUGGAAACAUGCAUUACCUCCCCAUGACCGGGCCAUGAGAAGGGAAGUUAUCUCUCUUUAGAGUUUGUAAACUCUUUAGACCAGAGGCAGCUUUAAUGCUGCUGGGGGAAAAAAAUGAUCCGGGAAUAAAUUGCUCUCAUUUACCUUUGUUUUCCAAUCAUACGCUCCAGUGGGAACAAAACAGCCUAAGUGAGUGGAUGUGGGGAGCCAGGUGAUCCUCAACAGAAGAGUUUCAUUAUUUCCUUCUUUAGGCACAUGAGUUGAAAGGGCUUUAGGUGCCAUUUGGCAGGGGGCUUGCACCACAAAAAUGUGUGUCCCGCAGUAAUGUCAGCAUCCUUGAGCUGUUUCUAUCUCUGCUUCCACUUCCCCGUGACACCCACUUCUUUAAGGGGCACUAUCACCAGAGUGCGCAGCUCCAGACGUUUGGGAACAAGAAACAAGGAGUCUGAGAAAGGGCAGAUGUGAAUCAAAACCAAAUCACAGUCCAGGGAGGAGGGAGAAACCGUGGGGUCUGGGGUUCUGGAGGGGGCUUUCCUUCCCCUCUGUUCUCCGAUCCUCUCUGCGUUACCUAACACAGAGCUUACAUAGAGCAGGUACUAGGCAAAGCCAUCAGGACGCCCCAGGCUCUGAGCCAAGCACUUUAACUGCUGGAAGGAGCCCCCGCUGGGAUGUCUGCCUCACUUUCCUUUAAAGAUGUGCA